UCCUGUGUUUGCCGAAACGGCCAGGCAACGAAAUAUCAGUGGGGUUACUGCAUUUCUCGCUGCUUUUGUCCUCGAGUAUGGAUUCAUAUUUCUUGAUCCUCGUAUUUUUAUUUGGUUUCAGUUUUGCCAAUGAAAACAGAACACUCAAAUUUGUCACUGUGCUCUAUCGUCAUGGUGACAGAUCUCCAAUCAAGGCUUAUCCAAAUGAUCCCUACCAGGAGAGCGCCUGGCCCCAGGGUUUUGGACAACUCUCUCUGAUUGGAAUGAGGCAACAAUUCGCACUGGGCCAGUUUUUAAGAAAACGCUACACAGGAUUUCUGAGUGAAGACUAUGAACGGCAUGAGAUAUUUAUACGAAGUACAGAUAUUGACCGGACUCUGAUGAGCGCAGAAGCAAACUUGGCAGGUCUAUUCCCACCUAAUGGUUCUAAGGCCUUUAAUCCUGAUCUGAAGUGGCAGCCAAUACCUGUUCACACUGUUCCAGAGGAUCAAGAGCGGCUGCUCUCAUUCCCUCUGGAAAACUGCCCACGUUACGAAGAGCUCAUGAACGAGACUGUGAAGUCAGACAUUUUUAUUAACAUAUCCAACACCUACAAGGACUUUAUACAGAUGGUGAGAAAUAAAACAGGUUUGGACAGAGUCUCUCUUGAGUCUGUUUGGAGCGUCCAUGAUACACUGUUCUGUGAGGAAAUGCAUGGAAUGAAACCACCUUCUUGGGUGACUCCUGAUGUGAUGGGGAAACUGGAGGUUUUAAAGAACUUUGGCUUUCAGAUCCUGUUUGGAGUCUAUAAGAGAAAGGAGAAAUCCAGACUUCAGGGAGGCCUCCUGUUAGAUCAGAUCAUCAAGAAUCUCUCCGCUGCAGCAGCUCCAAGCUCAAAACAAGAAGUGAAGAUGAUAAUGUACUCCGCUCAUGACACCACAAUUGUAGCUCUGCAGGAAGCUCUGAACAUCUUCAAUGGAUUGCAGCCACCUUAUGUCUCCACCCAUAUAUUUGAACUUCACCAGGAGCAGAAUGGGCUAUUUUCAGUGGAGAUGUUUUAUCACAAUGGCAGCUCUGAGCCAUAUGCGGUGUCUUUACCGGGGUGUUUACAGCGCUGCCCUCUAGAAGACUUCAUGAACCUCACACGUGACGUUAUUCCACAAGACUGGCAUAAAGAGUGUCAAAUUGGAACAAACACAACAGACACUGAGGUCAUUAUUGGGCUGGCUAUAUGUGGCUGUCUGAUCUUUCUCCUGGUUCUGCUGCUAUUCAUACUGCUGUGCAGGCAAAAGGAGCCAAUGGCCAGCUACAGUCAUGUCAUAAAUGAGAGUGAUUCCUGACAAUCAUACCAGCUCCUCCGCAAAGAGGAAUUCUGGGACAGCGAGGAGGACUUGUGAGGACACAACCCCAACAUCAAAAGCCAAUGCACGCUGUCUCCACUACCUUUGGCCCAAACAUUUAUUUAUAUUGAGGGAGGCGUGGCAAUUUUAUUACAUUCUUGCAACUGCGAGACAGAAAAAGGGAAACAAGAGCUGCAGUAGUGUUUCUAGUUAUAAUAACUUUAAUGGAUAACUGCAUCGUUGGUUUAUUGGCUAAGAUGUUUGCAAAAUUCAACGAGGGGAGCUUUAAUGUAAGUGGACUGGUGUGAAUGUGGUCUCCUAGAAGGUUGCUGUCCUCUCUGAAGCUCGAGGACUUUUGCUGUCCCCGUUUGCAGUCCUUGUUCCUUGGUUCUAGUGCACUUAUGAGAGCAAUGUACAGUACUUGAUCCUUUUUUCUAAAGGUUCACAUGGUGCAAUGAAAUGUCUUAAAUAUAAUCUUGAGGGAUUUCACAAAGAAGGACUACUGAAUGCACAUCGAGGCUUUGUCAUGUGUUAAUAUAAUGCUUUUAUGAGAUUCCUUCAUAUGAGGUCACAUACCGAUACGUAAUAGUUUAUUAGAUUCAGAAUAACGUGCGCUUCUAUUCUCAGGUGAAAGUCAGAUUAGCCGUAUUUAAGUGUUUAAAUCGGCUGUUGAAUGUUCGUUAUGUAUGUUAAUACAGUUUAACAUCAUAACCAUGAUCAAUGCAAGUUACAUUUUAAUCUUGAUUAUGAAAGAUUUUGACCUCUCCACACAGUACUAAUUCUGUUCCAAGUAUAUUUUAUUCAAAAUGGUAUUGUUUGGUCAAAAUGGUGAAUAAAGAAUACGGAUUGUU